ACAGAAAAAGAAUCUUGGUUGUAUGUGUAUGUAUUCCGAUAAUUAAUUUUACUUUGAACAAUGGAAUUACACUGGCUAUUUUUCAGUCUUCAGAUACACUGCUGGAAUUCACUGAGCUCUGAGAAAUUUCAAUCGAUCGAUUCACUAUCCCUGCUGACCAUUCUGGUGUAGACUAUUGGGUCCAGCAACUUGUCUGCAUUUAGCCACAUGAGAUUUUGACUAUUUUAUUCCUUGUGAUUUGGAUUUGUACAAAUUCCUCUUUGCUGAAGUUCGCCCAUAUUUUAUCUUUAAGUGAGAUCCCCUCUCAUUCUUCUAAACUCAGUGAAUAUAAUCCUGAGUGCAUAUUUAUCAUUAACAAGAAUGCCUUAUUGUAUCUUUCCCUUUCUUAAUCUUUUACCAUUUAGAUAAUUAUCAUCCUUCCUGUUAACACGAAUAUAAAUGAAAAUCUUCAUAUUUAUCCACAUUAUACUGCAACAGCCAUUUAUUGAAUAGUGGUAUGCCUAACAGUAUAGUUAUUCAAGCUUGUCAACUUCCACCACUAUUUUCUCCCUCAGCAUUCUCUCUCCAGCCAACCUAAUUUUAAUUCAUGUUCUACCAUCCAUCCUAAUGCAACAGCUCUCUCCUUCCCCAGUAUUGUUCUAGUCCCCCAUGAAUCCAAACUCUACCCAUUUAAUACCCUGAUCUAUUUGAUCCUAAACCAUUUUACUCAGACAGAAAUUCAAUUUUCACAAAGAAAGUUAUCCAGAGAUUAUGACCAACUGGUUUGAAUUACUAAUUUAGAGCAGGGGCUCCCAACCUGUGUGGAUAUAAAUACCACAGGCCUAGAUGUGCCCAAGCAUCAUUCCUGAAGAAGAUGGCAGAGUUGGUAAUCAAAACAUCAGUUAUAAUUGAUAACUGUGCCUGGCUGGAAGCCCAAGAAGGAUUUAUUCGCCAUAUACUCCUUGAAAGCACUAGAUUCAUUUUUAAUAGGCUAGUUAGUUUAACAUCUAUUUUGACAAAAUGAAAAGUCAAUAAUCAAAGAACAAAGUAACUAAUCAUUUAGGAUAGUUGAAUAUAAUCAAAUUUAAUCAAUGUGGUUUUAUUAAAGGUAAAUCUUGUUUGAUAAGUUUGCUAGAAUUCUUUGAGGGUAUGACAGGGGCAGUUGAUAGAGGGGAACUGGAGAUGUAGUAUAUUAGAUUUCUGAAAGGUAGUUGACAAGGUGCCAUGUCAGAAAUGUAUAAAUUAAGAACCCAUGGUAGUGGAGGAAGAAAACUGAAAACCGGCUGUUACAUAGAAAACAGAGGGGUGAAGCUAGUGUACACUAGAGUUUGUUUUGGGCUCUCCAAAGUUUAUUGUUUGCAUUAAUUGCCAGGAGAAAAGAAUUUAAUAAAAGUUUUCAAGUUUGCCGAUAAUCCGAAAAUAAAUGGAAGGGCAUAUUGUGAUAAGGACAUUGUUAUUCUGCAGUGGGUUACAGGUUAAAUCAUUAGGCAAAAUCUUGGCACAUACUGUAUAUUGUUUCAGCCCCUUAUCUAAGAAAGGAAAUGGUAGCAAUGGAGGCAGUCCAAAGGAAAUUCACCAAGCUAAUUCUUGCAAUGAUAGGGUUGUCCUGUCAAGAGAGGUUGGACAGUUCUUGUCAGUAUUCUUUGGUGCUUAGAACUUAUAAGAUACUAACAGAACUUGACACUGUGAAUGUCCAGAUGUUUUCACUAAGGAACAAGGGAAUUUCAAUAGGUUCAAUUUAAUGUCAGAGAAAUGUAUACAAUUCUAGCGUAGUGUUCUAAUAUACAUCCUGAAAUUCUUUUUCGUCACAAACAUCCACAAAACAGAGGAGUGCCGCAAAAAAUGAAUGACAGAAUGAAUAAAGCCCUCCCCAGCUCCCCCCUCCCACACAUAAGCAGCAGCAAGGCAAUAACCCCCCACCACCACCACCAGCAAAAAAACAUCAGUGCCCUCCACCGAGCACUCAAGUAUGCAGCAAAGCAUCAAUAAAGACACAGACUUGCAGUACCCAAAGACUACUCGUUCACCUGGUAAUUCGACAUAGCACAGACUCUCUCUCUCUCCCAAAUAAGGGAAAAAGAAGUGUCCCCAUUUCACAGCGAGAAGGGAGACAUAACAAAAACAACUCACUAAUUUAUGAUUUUAAAAGUCUGUUGCGUUGCUUUUUCCGAGCUCUGUGCCCAAAAACCUCAGGUCCCUGGGCACACAGUCACUGCUUAUGAUCUUCCAUCUCCCACAACACACCAGUUUUCUGCGGUGGCACCAGCCUCGAAUCUUCUCGCCUCCACAGCCACGAAAAUCUGGCACCCUGAAGGCGCGUUAGUCUUCUAGGCUGCAUUCUUGGCCUAUCGAAAAUCGACCAGUUGUGACGCCCUGAGAGCGGGUCCCAUUCCCGCAAAGAACCAAAGUCAGUGUGUAACAAAUUAAAGGGCUAGUCAUUUGAAACCGAAGUGCACAGAAAUGUCAUCUGUGAGGUCAGUGAAUCCCUGGAAUUUUCUGCCCCAGCUGUUGAUGGAGGCCAGAUCAUUAAAUAUAUUUUAAAGGUAGAGACCGAUAAAUAUUACAUAGAUUAAGGAACUAAUGGCUUUGGGGAACCAGCAUAGAAGAGGAGUCAAUAUUAUAUAAAAUGGUGGGGAGGGCUUGAAGGACCUGCAAGCAUAUUCAUGCUCUUAGGUUGUGAGAGAUUAUAUAAGUUUGAGAGUGAUGUAAAAAUUAAAUCUAAGACAAACUUGAUUGAAAUCUAUAGACUUGAAUUUAAUGGUAAUACAAAGAUGUGACAGAUACAUUGGUAUAGGUCAGUUGGUAGAUAAGCACCAACAGGUAUUUAAAUAUAUUUUAUUGUUCCAUUGGGGAAAUAAGUAACUCCAAGAGAAAAGUAAUCUAUCAGUAGCUAACUAAAGCAGUUAAGGAGGUCCAAAAAUUGAAAGAAAAGGUUUAUAAGUUUGCAAAAGGUAGACUGGAAGAAUUUUAGAAACUAGCAAAAGAUGACUUAAAAAGUUGACAGACAAGAAAAGACUACAGUAAUUAAUAAACCAGAAAUAUAAAAAUAGAACUUGUCCAUAAAAAGGGAAAAUUGGUCUCUUACAAUUUGUAAGGAUAAAUAUCUGGGUAUUAGGAAUGUCAGCAAUUACCCUGUAUCUGUUUUCACAGUAGAAGGUGCUAAAAGCAUAAUAAAAACAGAGGGUACCCAGAGGUCAAAGGAGUCUGAAGAUCUUAACAAUUCGAGGCAAAGGGCUGCUAAAUCCCUUGCACGUGGUGGCAGGUAUUCUGCACUUCUAAAGAAAUACAGUGCCUGUAAAAAGUAUUCACCCCCUUGGAAGUCUUCAUGUUUUAUUGCUUUACAACAUUGAAUCACAGUGAAUUCAAUUUGGCUUUUUUGACACUGAUCAUCAGAAGAAGACUUUCCUUUCAAAGUGAAAACUGAUCUCUGCAAAGUGAUCUAAAUUAAUUACAGAUGUAAAACACAAUUGAUUGCAUAAGUAUUCGCCCCCUUUAAUAUGAUACACCAAAUCAUCACUGGUGCAGCCAAUUGGUUUUAAAGAUCACAUAAUUAGUUAGAAGGAGUGUGUGCAGUCAAGGUGUUUCAAUUGGUUGUAGUAAAAAUACACCUAUAUCUGGAAGGUCUAACUGCUGAUGUGUCAGUAUCCUGGCAAUAACUACAUAAAGACAAAGUAACUCCAUGAAAAGGUUAUUGAAAAGCACAAGUCAGGAAAUGGAUACAAGAAAAUUUCUAAGACACUGUAUAUCCCUUGGAGUACAGUUAAGUCAAUCAUUAAGAAAUGGAAAGGAUGUGGCACAGCUGUAGAUCUGCCUAGAGCAGGCAGUUUUCACAGUAGAAGGUCCUCAAAAAUGGAGUGACCAUGCAAGAAGGGAACUAGUGAGGGAGGCCACUAAGACCUAUGACAACUCUGGAGGAGUUACAAGCUUCAGUGGCUGAGAUAGGAGAGACUGCGCACACAACAGUUGUUGCCUGGGUGCUUCACCAUUCGCAGCUUUAUGGGAGAAAGCCACCGUUGAAAAAAGUACAUAUGAAAUCUCGGCUAGAGUCUGCCAGAAGGUAUGUGGGAGACUCUGAAGUCAGCUGGAAGAAGGUUGUUAUAGUCUAAUAAAACACAAAUUGAACUUUUUGGCCAUCAGACUAAACAUUGCGUAUCAUCAAAAACACACCAUCCCUACCGUGAAGCAUGGUGGUGGCUGCAUCAUGCUGUGGGGAUGCUUCACUGCAGAAGGUCCUGGAAGGCUUGUGGAGGUAGAGUGUAAAAUAAAUGCAGUGAAAUCCUGGGGGGAAACCUGAUGCAGUGUGCAAGAGAACUGCAACUUGGGAGACAAUGACCCCAAGCAUAAAGUCAAAGCUGACAGGAAUGGCUUAAAAACAACAAAGUUAAUGUGUUGGAUUGGCCAAGUCAGUGUCCAAACCCCAAUCCAAUUGAAAAUUUGUGGCUGGACUUCAAAAGGGCUGUUUGGUCGCUCAGGAUCCCCAUGCAAUCUGACAAGGUUUGAGCAGUUUUGUAAAGAAGAAUGGGGAACAGUGUCCAGAUGUGCAAAGCUGAUGAGACCUAUCCACACACUCAAGGCUGAAACUGCUGCCAAAAAUGCAUCUACUAAAUACCAACUUGAAAGGGCAGAAUGACAGAGGAACACUUGUGACUAUAUUCUUGAAACCUGUUACAAGUAUGCAUUAAGGAAAUGCUAAACAACCGUACAUCCAAGGACUACUUUCAUUUCUGAGAUAAAUAACAGAAGGCUUUUAAAGCACUCUUGGAGUUGUACAGUUUUUGAAACUGUGAAUCAAGCAGAUGAAGGAAUAUUUUACAUGAGCCUUAAGUACUGAACUAUAUAGAUUUUUUCCACAAAAUAUGAAUCGAUACACAACUCUGAAGCAGUUAGGAGAUGGCACAUAUGGCUGUGUGCUUAUGGGAAAGAGUAAUGAAUCUGGAGAAUUGGUGGCAAUUAAAAGGAUGAAGAGGAAAUUCUAUUCCUGGGAUGAAUGUAUGAAUCUCAGAGAAGUUAAGUCACUAAAGAAGUUAAAUCAUGCAAACAUUAUCAAGCUGAAAGAAGUUAUAAGGGAAAAUGACCAUCUUUACUUUAUUUUUGAAUACAUGAAAGAAAACCUCUAUCAGCUUAUGAAAGACAGAAACAAGUUAUUUCCUGAAUCAGUCAUUAGGAACAUAAUGUAUCAAAUAAUACAAGGAUUGGCAUUUAUCCACAAGCACGGAUUUUUUCAUCGUGACAUGAAGCCAGAAAACUUGCUCUGCAUGGGUCCAGAUCUUGUCAAAAUAGGAGACUUUGGGUUAGCCAGGGAGCUAAGGUCACGUCCACCCUAUACAGACUAUGUAUCCACACGAUGGUAUCGUGCUCCGGAAGUUCUAUUGCGUUCCUCUGUCUAUAGUUCUCCAAUAGAUAUAUGGGCAACAGGCUGUAUUAUGGCUGAACUAUACACACUGAGGCCACUCUUUCCAGGAACCAGUGAAGUGGAUGAAAUCUUUAAAAUCUGUCAAGUGUUAGGCACUCCAAAAAAAAAUGACUGGCCAGAAGGUUAUCAGCUUUCAGCUGCCAUGAAUUUCCGAUUUCCACAGUGUGUGCCCAUUCAUCUGAAGACGCUGAUACCCAAUGCUAGUGACGAAGCAAUACAGCUCAUUAAAGAAGCACUUUAUUGGGAUCCUAAAAAAAGACCAAAUGCUAGUCAGGCACUUCGAUAUCCUUAUUUUCAAGUGGGCCAAGCUUUAGGUGCUCCUAUGCAAUAUGUUCAGCCACCGCAGAUACAGAGAAAAACAAUUCAACCUACAGAACACAAGCAAGAAAUUUUACCAAAGUAUGAGCUUCAAUCCCAACCCCAGCCGUCAUCUCAAUCUCAGCUGAAAGGUACAAAUCAACCGUUUCGACAGAUACAAAUCACACAACAAGCUGUUAACUAUCAAGGACCAGAAAAGGAGAUGUUGAAAUUCAAGCAAACUGGUCUUCCCUCCAUUACUAACAACACCUAUUUGACUGAAGUGCAGAAGCAAGCCAAAGGAAGUGAAAAUAAUGCUAUGGGUUUCAAAAGUGGCAGACGUCGAUGGGGUCAGAUUGCAGUGAAAACUAUGGACAGUUGGGAUGACUUUGAUAGUUCUGACUUUGGAGUAUCCUUUUCAAAAAAGGCCACUGUGGUGCCAGUGAAGGAGGAAGGCAAUGACAGAUAUCUUGAAAGCUCAGCUGAACACAAACAAAAUCACAACAGCAGAGGAACAAAAACAGUCCCAAAUACCACUGUCCCAAGACUGGAUUCUGGCUUAUCUGCAUCCUCAGCAAGGCAGCAUUAUUUGAGGCAGUCAAGGUACCUUCCAGGGAUACAUUUUAAGAACACGUCAGUGGCAGGAGGAAAUAAAGAGCAUAGCAAAGCACUAGGAGUUAUUGGUGGAGGAACAUCUGUUGGUAGAAUUAAUGCAGGGAAUCUAGGAGUGUUUGGUUCAGAUAAUACAACUGGCGGUUAUAUUCCAUCCUUUUUCAAAAAGGAAGUGGGAUCAGCAGGGCAGAGAGUUCAAUUUGCUUUUGGUGGACCUUCUGGCAAUCUUGAUGCAUGGAAAACCAAACCAACCCAGUUCCAACACCCAGGCUCCAACUACAAUCCAGCCAAAAUAAAUUCUGCUGAACGCCUGGCCUAUCCACCACCCAUUCAUCCAGUACAUGGAAGGAUUGAUUGGGCAACUAAAUAUGGUGGCCAUAGAUAGCCAUUACCAUCAGAACCAUUGAUCAGCCUGAAUUAGGAGUUUUUAAUUCGAGAAUUUGUCUCAAGGAUCAUCACCCUGAGCUAGUUCAGAAGCAUCUUAUUCAAAUUUUUUUUCUAUUUGAUAACUGAUAGGAUUAUUUGCUAAUUUGGAAUCAAGUAGAUCAUUACAGUUCAAGAUACAACAUGCUACUUUGAUAUGGAUAUGAACAGCAGCUGUAAGCUUGGUGCAAAGUUCUAAGAAGUUAAUUUAAAUUGUAAUAUUUUAAUUGAUUUGAAUAAGAAUUAUAGAUUAAAUAUUUAUUUUCAUACAUCUUGCAAAUAUUACUUGUGCCUUGUAAAUAGUUAGCAUUAUGAAUUGUCUUAUCUUAAUGCUGAAUAGAAUGUAAAACUUUUUCAUGUUACACUAUUUUGCAUUGGGAUCAGUAUUUCUUGCUUAAACCUGAUGAUUAUAGGCACCAGAGGAAGAGCUACUGAUCAUUCUCAAUGAAACCCUGUAUCUUAACCAAAAAAUUCUUAAAAUGCAUGUUAAUAGGUACAAGAUGAAAUUCUUAAAACUCUAUUGUACAUUUAAAAUGCUUCUUUGCAGAGAAGAGACCAAGUUCCUUCAGUAAUGUUUGUAAUGAAGUAAUAGUUUUAAGGUACUGUACUUUAGUAAAUAUCUAUUGAUUUGCUGGAGUUUACUUGUCAUUUUUCAUGGAAAGAGAAAACUAAUAAACGCAGUUUACCUCUCCA